CCUUUUAGAGAGAGAAAGUAGGACCCUUCACCGUCGUUCGCGUCCAUCUUCCGGCUCCAUUCUAGGUUAGUCCUCGUCCCUUCUCUUCCAUGUCUUCCCAAUCUUCGGUCUUUCGUCAGUCCGAGUCCGAGCGCGGUGCUGAGGGCUCCGUCGCAGGCUCCGUGCAGGAGAGUGACUCCCGCUCGCCCUCUGUCGAGGAGAUAGUCGAAGCGGUCGAGAUCCCCCUCCAGUCUGAGCCUCGCAAUCAGAGGCGGACCGUUCUCGAGGACUCGGGGAUCCGAGCGCGAAAGUGCACCCUUACUCGGGAGGAGUUCCGCAAAGCGAAGCGCCUAGCCUCGGCGCCCGGUGUAACCGUGCAACGUCCUACUACCGAACAGUCGGUCUUUGACGCCCCACCGGGUUCCUUCGCCAUCCACCUCAAGUCCCUCGAGUAUGGGUUUCGCUUCCCCCUCCACCAGCUAGUUAUAGAUUUCUUCCUCCACUUUGAUUUUCUCCCUUGCCAAGUCGUGCCCAAAUCCCACCGCUACUUGGCGGGAUUUCUCAUUCGUUGCCAAGGGACCGGGGUUCGCCCCGAUCUGGCCCGUUUCUUGCUUCUCUUCCGGUUGGCGAAGUCAUCCGGUCGGGCGAACUCCGACUCGGGCUCGUACGCCUCCAUAUUCCAAAGACAGGAGAAGCUCUUCAAGACGAGAAAAGACUCCGCCAAGAGUUGGAAGGGGAAAUUCGUCUUCGUUUCUCUAUCCUCGGGCUCCCCCUUUCGUAAGGAACCCCUCAGCUCCUUCCGACGCCGUUCCGCCUUCAUCAACUCGGACAAGAUGCUCGAGGAUGUAGAGAUGCUCUGCCGAGGGGGGGCCUUCGAGGUCGGAUCGAUAGUGACGAACGACGCGUUGGCGGCGCUCGAAUUCGUCUUCCUAUCCCCGGAAGAAACUCAGCGGAGCAUCGAAGAAGGCCCCUCAGGUGAAAUCAUGCUUUCUAGCGCCGAGCGGAUGAAGCUCAUGUUCCCAGAUGCCACAAGCGGCAGCUCCCGGGCUCCUACCGUGGCCGGUCGUCCUCCGACUCCGCCGGUGAAGCCGAUCCCCGAGCCGGCCCAGAAGAAGAAGAGGAAGGAUACGGCCUCGGCCACCGACACUCCCACGGGGUCCGAGUCCCCCCUGAUGAAGGAUUUCGGCCACCAGAGGCAUGUCAAGGCGGCCUUCCCCGCAGGGGUCUCCUUCCUGGACCGGGACUACGAUCCGGAGACUUUUCUGCGUAGCAUGACCCCCCCGACCGACCGCGCCAAGAUCAAGGACGCCGACCGGGAAGCUCUUGCCUCGGACAUGUUUCACGAGAUGGGCUCG